UCGUUCAUUUAAAGAUUCAUUAAAACGAUUCAUCCACGAACGAAACACAACUAGUACUGUGCGUAAACUACAUUUGACUGGCAUCACCAUGAUCUGAGAAACACGCCUGUAAGGAGAUGAAACGACCCUGAUUUACGCUGAUAACGAAAGCACAACAUGCGAAUUAUCCAUAAUUCAUCCGCCAUCAGGUCUUGAGUCUUGAUGGAUGUAAGGAUGCUGCUACACGUUGUCAAUAAUCAGUGAAGCGUUUGAAGGAUCUGCUCUCCUCGUCUCCUCCCCUCGGACGCGCUGCGCAUCAUCCAGCGCUCGCGCUCCCUCACUCCAGCGCUCGAGCUUCCCGAGAGCGCGUCUUAUCUGAGCUCAGCGGACGCGUGCUAUAACGCCAGCAUCUCAGCCGUUCAUCCCAGACAGAGCGAGGCAAACGCAGACGAGAGGAGGAGAGGGAUACAGACACUUCACAUAGACAGAUACGCUAGACAAGGUCGACGCGGGCGCGUGUGUUUCGCGCUCUCUCCGCGCGUUGGAUUGCAGGGGUCUUAAAUCUGGAGGCGAGGACCCAGGGAUGAGCCUGCUGUCGGGGGGCUUCGGCAUGUCGGGCUGGGGCUUCGGUUGGGCUCUGCUGCUGCUGCUCGCGCUCUGGAGGCCCGGUGCCGCUUGUCCGGAGCUCUGCACGUGCACCGGCGCGCGGAUCUCGUGCGUGGAUGCGGAGCGCAGCAUUAUGACUUUCCCCAUGCUCCAGUCCGAGGCAGAGAUGGAGAACAUCACAGACAUAUACAUUGCAAAUCAAAGCAGCUUCAAAUCCAUUAAUGAAAGAGAUCUCGACGCGUAUCGCAACCUCAGAAACCUAACUGUAACAAACACCAGGCUGGAAUAUAUUUCCAGGCAGGCUUUUCAGAGCAACCCGAAACUACAAUAUCUGAAUCUCAAGGAGAAUAAUCUGUCCAAUCUGUCCUGGAGGACGUUUCGCCAUUUAAACAUCUCAUACCUGUUGCUGGCGGGCAAUCCUUUGCAGUGCAUCUGUGAAAACGUGUGGCUGAAGCAGUGGAGAGGAGAGGAGGCCGAGGACCUGCUGUGUGUGGACGAGGGAGGAAAGAAGACCGCGCUGUCUACAGUCACACUGCCCAACUGUGUUCUCCCUGCUGUGACUCUGAAACCCACUAAAGUGACCGUGCAGAAAGGGUUGAAUGUGACGCUGGUGUGCAACACUUCAGGAACGCCCACACCGACUCUGAACUGGACCACCUGCAAAUUAAAUUCAACAUACGAGCACGAGGACUCAGGUCAGAGGUCAGAGCUCAGACUGGUGAAUGUCUCUUCUCUGGACAACGGAUGCAGAAUCACUUGCGGGUCUGAAAACAUGGUGGGAGAGGCUGAGGCCUCUGUGGAUCUGGACAUACUGUUUCGACCUGUAAUCAGCAAGCUGAUGGAUGCGAUCUCAGACCACCACUGGUGCAUUCCCUUCAGCGUGUCGGGCAACCCAGAGCCGAAACUGAGCUGGUUAUUAAACGACAAACCCAUUGAGGAGGGCCCCUUUAUCCGCACCAUGAUCCACGAUUACUCCGAGGGCGAGUACCACGGGUGCUUACACCUGGACAGUCCCACACACAUCAACAAUGGAAAAUACACACUGCUGGCCAGUAAUAAAUUCGGAAAGGACAGCAUGGCGGUAUUUGCGCAUUUCAUGCACGAGCCUUGGAACGAAUCAGUUACUGAUCCGCUGUAUUAUGAUCCCACUACAGAUGACACUCCUAUUGGACCGCCUGAGGACAAGGUCGCUGUGUACGUGGUCGUGGGAAUUGCGGCGGUCACAUUCACAGGCUUCAUCUUGAUGCUCGUCAUUCUGAAGUUUGGACGCAACUCAAAGUUUGGAAUCAAAGGUCCUUCCUCAGUCAUCAGUAAUGACGAUGACUCUGCCAGUCCUCUUCAUCAUGUGUCCAACGGCUCUAACACACCCUCGUCCUCUGACAUGAACUCGGAUGCCGUCAUCAUUGGCAUGACCAAGAUUCCCGUCAUAGAGAACCCGCAGUACUUCCGCUGCACCAGUAUGCUCAAAUCUGAUACAUUUGUUCAGCACAUUAAGAGGCACAACAUUGUACUGAAGAGGGAACUUGGAGAAGGAGCGUUUGGGAAAGUGUUUCUGGCCGAAUGCUACAACCUGUCCACAGAGCAGGAGAAGAUCUUAGUGGCUGUCAAGACUUUGAAAGAGGCCAGUGAGAAUGCCAGGAAGGACUUCCAUCGUGAGGCCGAGCUGUUGACCAAUCUGCAACAUGAACACAUCGUCACAUUCUAUGGCAUGUGUGUUGAGAGCGAUCCCCUUAUCAUGGUGUUUGAGUACAUGAAACACGGCGACCUCAACAAGUUCCUAAGGGCUCAUGGUCCUGAUGCAGUCCUGAUGGCUGAAGGACAGAUGCAGCAACAGGCAGAGCUCACUCAGUCUCAGAUGCUGUAUAUUGCGCAGCAGAUCGCCGCAGGCAUGGUGUAUCUGGCUUCUCAGCACUUUGUUCACAGAGACCUGGCCACACGAAACUGCCUAGUUGGGGAAAAUCUCCUGGUGAAGAUCGGAGACUUUGGGAUGUCCCGAGACGUCUACAGUACAGAUUACUAUCGAGUUGGAGGUCAUACCAUGCUGCCAAUCCGCUGGAUGCCACCAGAAAGUAUCAUGUACAGGAAGUUCACCACAGAGAGUGAUGUCUGGAGCUUGGGAGUGGUGCUGUGGGAGAUCUUUACCUAUGGGAAACAGCCCUGGUAUCAGCUGUCAAAUAAUGAGGUGAUUGAGUGCAUCACCCAAGGUCGUGUCCUGCAGCGACCCCGGACCUGUCCAAAGGAGGUGUAUGACUUGAUGCUGGGAUGCUGGCAGAGAGAACCACACACCCGACUCAACAUUAAAGAGAUCCAUAACCUGCUCCUCAACCUGGCCAAGGCAUCCCCAGUGUAUCUGGACAUCCUGGGAUAAGAGCGCUCGUGCCACACAUGGGACUGCAAGCGGAUUCCUGAAACUGCCCCCUUCUCUAUCCCACCCAAAAUCUCUUUCUUCUACAGCUUUAACAUCUCCUUCCUUGUCCACCUCCUCGUCAACUGCACCUCUUCUCAACAUAAAAUGGAAAUGGGAUCUUAUCCAUGUACAAUGACUAUGAAUUAUUUAUUUCUGAACAAAAAUGGAUUGAAUGGAAAAAGCAACAUUGAAGUGACUAUAGUUUAGUUACCAAGAACCAAAUGUUCAACCAUCUUCAACAUCUGGAGCAAGUUCACACCUGUAAUUUCCAGUUUGGGAAAAAUGCAUUCUGGACUUGAGGAAGCGCAUCCCUCUUAACAACAAAGGGGAAACAGCAACUCCAUAAACAAUGACCAUUUACAAAUGAACAACUUUUCUGCUCAUCAAAUGCCCGAUACAAAGCACAGAACCUGAAAUUAGCAUGGGCAUCAACAGUGAGGAACUACGGCUGGUUAAUAUAGCAUAUUCAUGCGUAUUUAUAGAACUGGAUGUUAUUAAUGUAGUUUCACGGUUGAGCAACUCUUGUUAAAAGCUUCUGGAUGCUGACAGGAUGUUGUUGCUGCUGAACUCAUCUGAAAUGGAGAAGUAACUCACUAAAAUGUGUUUGGAUCAUAGGCGUUAUUUAUAGUGGGACAUGUCCCCACCACUUUUGCCAUGUCCAAUUUUGUCCCCCCAAUUCCACCAAUUUGGCCCACCACUUUUUGAAAUGGCUUGCACCAGGGUCAUGUGCAGUGGACUCCAAUUGUCAAGCAUGGGUUUUCGAUCUGGUGAUUGAUUUAGUUAUGAUGUCUGAUUUCCGGACAUUUCUACACUUUUGACUUGAGCAGAUACUCUACUACUGACCCGAUUUCAAUAUCAAUGCUUUAUAUUUACAAGAUCAUGUUCAAUUAUUUGCGCAUAAACUUACUAAUAUUCAUUAGCUAAGCCUUCACCACUUGUCCUGUGUCCACCACAGAAUUGACACCCAUAGCCUCCAGGUUGUUGACGCCAUUCGCUAUUGAGGGCUAGGUGGAAUCAUUUGAGACGAUGCUGUGCUUCAGUUCCAUCAGCUUGCAUUUCUUACAGGAACUUAAUUACGCAGAGUGGCCGAUCAUGAUGGUGCGGGCUAAAUUACGACCUUUCUUUCUCUCUUUCUCUUUCUCCAUGUUUUACUACUGAGUGGACGCACUAAUGUAGUACUCAAGCUUCGGGUUGUACAACUGCUAUAGUGUAAUAUAUAUUUCAUUACAGGACAAAUGUCUCCUAUUAGCAGCAACUCCCUCUAGACUCAUAUGCGCUAUCAGUGGGGGAAAGAGGAUAGACAGGAGGGGACAGGAUGGAGAGAAUGAGACAAGGGGAGGAAAAUAAUUUUAAACAGAGAUGAGUCAUAAGUCACCUCACUAAAACCACAUUUCUUAUUCAUUUUAUUGUACAUAAAUAAAUAUAUCUAUUUAUCAUUUUGGAGAUCCUGUCCCAGCAUCCUUUUUGUUUGCAUUCACUAUUGCACCGUCAGUCCCUUCUUCCAUGGUAGACUUUGCACACUAGACUCAAUGCCAUGAAUUUGUCAACAAAAUCUUCCAAUCAAUUGCGUUUUAAAGCAUAAAGUCCCAAAAAUAAUUUAAAUUUGGAUUUUAUUUAUUUAUUUAUUUUCGGAAUAAGAAUUGUUAUCUUUAAGAUAUGUAACAUAAUUUAAUAUUUUAUUUAAAAAAAAAUACUUUGUGAAGCAUUUUUGUUUUUUUGACUUUUGCAUGUAAAUGAUUUUAUUUUAAAACAAUUAUUCUUAAUAUUAUGUAUUUUUUUAUACUUGGUUGGGAGUGCAUAUAGAGGUGGCUUCUGGGUUGAUGGAAUGAGAUGUAUAAAUGAAAAAAAAAAAAAAAACAGAAAUAUAACUUAUUUUGGAUGAAUGAUGAAAAAAAAAACCCAGGUUAGAUGUUCAGGUUACAUUCACAAAAAGGAAGCCUAAUACUGAAUUGUGGCCAUUUUUCAUGAUCAUUAAGAACAUUUUCUCCACAAAUUCACAAAAAAUACAUAGGUGUAUUUUCCUUUUUUGUGCAAUUUUCAUUAUUCUCAUUACUGUAAUAUAGUAAUUUUUACUGUAGAACAACGCUUUUUUUCAUUUAAAUUUGCAUAAUUUAAUUUGCACAAUAUUUUACCAUGACUUUUUUCCUCAUUACAGUGAUAGCUAGGAUUUUUGUUAUGUUGUAUAUAUGGCAAUGGGGCAGAAUGUGCUUAAUUGUCAUGAAAAUAAUGCAAAAGGCAAUUCCUUUGUUUUUCAGUGUUUUCAUCAUGAAACAGGGAAAAUGUUGCUUGAGAUACAAAUAUGAGUUUCAGUGUUUCAGAUUAGUCUUGCCUUACACAAAAAUCUCUGAUUGUCCUGCGACAGAACAGUAAACUGUGACUGCAUCAAACACCUUCCUCUACAUGUACAGAACAACUUCUGAUGUUUCAGAAUGUCUAUAAGCUAAACUACCUUAAACAAGUAUUAAAGUCAAUGUGAAAGUAAAACUGACUUUCCUGUUUUGUGCACAUUUUUACACACAUAUAAGUCAUUGCGUAAUUCUGAAACAACUUGCCUUUUCUGUUGAUAUCACCAGUCACCAAUUUACUGUACAUUAGUAAAAGAGCUUUCAAAGGCUGUUUCAUGUUGACUUUAAGUCCAAAACUGGGAUAUUUCCUCCCUUUCUUAAUACUUUUAAACAUAGGCCUAUUGACACCUGGAAAGAAGAUUUCUGCAGAGUAUCAAGUAGUGUGAUCAUUUCAUUUAUGGAAUUAUGUUUUACGUUCAGCAAGUACAAUCAGAUGUCCUCGUCUGUAUAAGAUAUAUGGACCAGUCAAGUUGUCCGCCAGUGUAUUUAAUAAAAGUGUACUGUCU